CCAUAGAAGAUUUCAAGUUGAAUCAAUCCAACACAAUCGAGCUUCGAAACAAGAAGAAAAAUCUACUGAAAAAGGUUACUGGUUUCCAGUAUUCCCCAGGUGACCCAUCACAAGUGCUUAUAACUUCAGGCGAUUGCAGGACAAGAGUUGUGGAGGCCACACAAGUUGUGCAAAAGUUUAUAGGUUUUCGAAAUGCAAGUAGCCAAAUUUCAGCUUCAUUCAGUCCAAAUGGAAAGUACAUCAUAUGUGCAAGCGAAGACUCACAAGUGUAUGUGUGGAAGCAUGAAGAGAUGCACUAUAGUGGAAAAGGCAGGAAUGUGAUUGCAAACCAAGCUCACGAACAUUUCCCAUGUAAAGAUGUUUCAGUAGCAAUACCCUGGCCAUGCAACGUUAAGGGUGAUCUACCACCAUCAAUCGCAGCGCAAAACCAGAAGAAGAACUCAACCCCUCCUGCUCCUGCUCCUGCAGCUGCAAACAACAAGAAAAAUUUGCCACCUCUCCCAAAGAAAAGUAACAACAACCAAGCCACAGAAAAUAGCCCAGGGUCCCCAGAGAAAGACCAUGCAGCACUCUCACGCACAGAAUCUGGAGUUGGAGAUUCCAAGAGAAAUGCGCCUCCUAAGAAAAGUAACAACCAUGCAAUGGAAGGUGACUCCAUAGAAGAAGAACUUGAAGCAAUUACUCGGUCAGAGAAUGGAUCAGGCGAUUCUCUUUCGGCCUCUCCAUCAGGUAGGCAUGGUGGUGAUCCAGCUUCUAUAUCUGCUGCAGCUACUCCAUCAGGUUCAUCAUGGUCUUCCAAUUACUCAUCAGGUGAUGGUUCCAAUGGUGACUGGUCCACCAACCCUUCAGCAUGGGGAAUGGUAAUUGUGACAGCUGGUUUUGGAGGUGAAAUUAGGUGUUAUCAGAAUUUUGGGCUACCUAGGAGGAUGAGACAGAACACUCUCUUCAUGGGUCCUACGUUAUAAUAACAUAGCAGGAACAACAUCUUUUUCCAUGGCAAAAAUUAACUUAGUGGCUGUUUCCCUCUUCAAAAUUCGGAAGGAAGGAGUGGAGUGUAAUAACUGUAGUAAAUCUUUUAAGCAAUUUUGUUUCUGUUUACUUCACUUGUAAUAGCCUCAAUCUUGUAACUG